GGGUUGAUCACUGAACUUUCAAUGACACCGAUACGUAGUUCAAUUAAACAGCAUCCUCCUCAAAAUCUCGGCUUAAAAUAUCGUUAUUAAUUAAGUAAGGAUCUUUGAGAGUGUACAGCGUCUAGCGUCGCCACCUUCAGGCUGGAAAAUACGCUGUGUUUUUGUGUUUAUUCCUUCUCUCUAGUGUCUAGUGCAGUCUAGUGUCUCUAGGUCUCUAGUCUCCAAGCUGGGGACACUUACUUUUUUUAACCUCUCUUAUCGUUACUGUCAAAUGUUUUUACGUAUCAUCAUUAAAUAUUGUUACCGGUAACAAUCGAAUUUUUUUUAACUUCAUAGAACGAUACAAAAUAUUGAAUUACAUUUUAAUUGUAAGAAAAAAAAAUGGGAAUAUUCUUCUCGAAGAAAAAACCACAAAGCCGUGUGACCGACCAGGACAAAGCAGUUUUGCAAUUGAAACAAACGAGGGACAAAAUCAAGCAGUACCAACGUAGAAUCGAGCAGAGCAUAGAAAAAGAUCGUGGUAUCGCAAAGAAACUUUUACAGAAUGGCAGGAAAGAUCGAGCUUUGCUUCUACUUAGAAAGAAAAAGUUCCAGGAGCAAGUGUUAUCUAGGACAGAUGGACAAUUGGAAAAUCUUGAGAAAAUGGUUUACGACAUUGAAUUUGCUCAGGUUGAGACUCGUGUCAUAGAUGGUCUCAAAGUUGGCAAUGUGGCACUUAAAAAGCUUCAUGAAGUUUUGUCCAUUGAUGAGAUAGAAAAAGUGAUGGAAGACACUAGAGAAGGCAUAGAGAAGCAAAGGGAAUUGGAUGAUCUAUUGAUGGGAACGUUGAGCGAAGAAGAUGAAACUGAAGUCGAAGCAGAGCUCGACAUGCUUCUGGCCCAAGAAAAUGCUGAAACGACUCCAGAGAGUUCCAAAGACAUCCAGUUACCUGAUGUUCCUGAAGACACUCUCGAAAUAGAAAAACAAAAACAAAAAGGUGUCGCGAAGAAAGAGUCUCGGGAACCUGUCGCUAUGGAAGCUUAACUUGCGUUGUUAUCUUUUUAUUAACGACGCGAGAAAAAAGUUUCGUGAGAGAGAAAAAAAAAGCAGACGUCACUUGAACGAGUUUAUGUAUAUAUGUAAAUGUGUAAAACUUAAGACAUUUUGCAACAUUGGAAUUUGAAACUUGGCCACGGUAGAAACAAAAGAAACCAAAGAAGAUCCUUCGCCACUGUUGUUGCAAACUUCACAAUACGCAGAACAAAGCUACGUAUCGUCUCCUAACGACAUUUUUUCUAUUGCCUAGUAAAAUUUAUGUCAAAAAAAAUAUUCUAACAAUAAAUUUAAAAGAAAUUUUAUUGGAGAAAAACAUUUAUCGCUCGGCUAAGGAUUAAUACGAUCACUACAGUUCUACAAGUUGUUUCGAGUACAAUGAAAAAAAAUAUAUAAAAUGUACACAAAUUUUAAUUCUCUAUUGUACUUGAACAUCUGUCAGGAGAACAAAAAAUAUAUGUUUUGUUAAAAAAAAUGAGUCGAGAUUUAUUUAUCGAAAGCAAAUUGAAAUUUGACAAGGAAAGACGUGCAUGGUUUUAAAGAUAAUUGCUCACUCAUCUUCAAAUUUCUCAAUAAUUAAAUGAAUGUUUAUUUUUCCACAUUUUCUCACAGAGGAGUCGUUUAUAGCACAAAUAUUAUCCUUACCGAAUGGUAUUUGACCAAUGACCGUGUAAAUCCAGAUUUCAUUGCUGAUUCAUUCACCGAUCGAGUGGACUCUCGAGCUCAGGAUUAAUCGAAAAGCGAUCAACGAUUUCUGCUUUCCUUAUCUCUACUUAUUUACGGGAUCAAGUUUCGAGAAAGAAUCGAAAAAUACGUCAUGGCCUGAGUGAUUCCAAUUCCACGUUGAAUACGGUCUUUUUUGCUCAUUUAAAAUGUGCAACGAUGAUCGAGACAUUUUCACUAGAAAGGAGUGAAUCUCGUUUGUCAUUUUUCGGAUUUCAUUUGCAAUGAGAGGCCAAAUCACAUAAAUGUUAUCUCAGUUGAUGUUACGCAAAAAUGAGAUUUCAUUUAAAAAAUUUACGUAACAAAAUAAUGAGCUUGUUAUUUUUUCUAUCAAAGUUUCUUUCCUUCAAAAGCGGAGGAAUAUUUAAAUCUUCUAUUUUCAAAAUUCAAGCCUCAAAACCUUCCAUGAAACAAUUUCAAUUUUUUCUCUGUUCGAUGAAAAAAUUAUUGAAAAAUCUCAAAAACAACAUUUUCCUUUGUAUCAUGCAUAAAUAUUUAAAAAAAAAAAAGUCUCCGCAUGAUUUCAUGAAUUUUACAAAUCCUCUUGUAUCAAGUCUCGGAGUGCAGAAAAAAAACCGAAAAAGUGUUUCGCCGAAAGAUUGUAGCUUAAUUGCACAGUAGAGACCGAAUAAGAUGUACAAAGGAGGAAUAGCGAAGUUUUCUCGAAGCGAAGCGUGUAAUUCACACGCUUCGUUAAUUCAACCAACACGAUCCCAAGGCGUCGAUCCCCGAUAAGAUAAGAUCUUGUUCCAUCAGCAAAAUUGAUAAAACAAUUGUCAUCGGAUCGCGUAUACUUGUGUACAUUUAAAUAAUCUCGAUUCGCAGCUCCAGUAAUAUUUCUCAAGAAGAGGGGCCGCAGGCAGGAAGUACCAUAAAGAACGACCAAAAAAUCGAAGGAAUCGAUGGUGAAGGAUUCGCCAGGAGGAUGAUAUUACGCAGAUUCUAUUCCCGUCGCAGAUAAGGAUUCAAAAGUGCUCUGCAAUCUAUUCAACUUUACUGCCACAAUGAACUUGGAAGAGUUAUAAUUUCAUUUCAAAUAUCUUAUCAAGCUCCGGAUAUUCAACGCUAUCAUCAACGAUCCUCUAAUUUGGAGUAUAAAUUUUAUCAAUUUUUUGAUAAAAAUAAAUCAAUCGGUACGAACUGAUCGAGCGAACGAAGCUCAAUUUUGUUGAAAAAUUCGUAAGAGCAUAUUAUUUUUACGAAAAGCGAUCGGAGAGUGGAGUUCACGCGUGUUUCAGCACGAGCUGCUAAGGCGAGAGUGUACUCGUCCAAAUGUGCAUUGUUGGUUUGAGAUUCACGCGACAAUUUUACGCCCGACUGGUUUGUCAUUUUCCAAGUAACAUGAAAAAUAUACAUAUUUUUUUUCA